AUGAGCGCCUUGCCUUUGGGAAACACAAGUUUCAGUCCCACAACAUUCCUUCUGACGGGCUUCCCUGGGCUGGAAUAUGCCCACCGCUGGAUCUCUCUCCCCUUCUGCUUCAUCUACUUGACCGUGAUCCUGGGGAACUGCACCAUCCUCCACGUCAUAAGAACGGACUCGACCUUGCACGAGCCCAUGUACUAUUUCUUGGCCAUGCUGGCCCUGACGGACCUGGGAUUGUGUCUCAGCACCUUGCCCACCGUGCUGGGCAUAUACUGGUUCGAUUCCCGCGAGAUCCCCUUUAAUGCCUGCUUUGCCCAGCUGUUUUUCAUUCACUCGCUGUCUCUCGUGGAGUCCUCUGUGCUCCUCUCCAUGGCCUUUGACCGCUUCGUGGCCAUCUGUAACCCACUGAGAUAUGGCUCGAUCUUGACCACACAGAGGAUCUUGAAGAUGGGACUGACUUUUGUUUCCAGGAGCUUUGCUCUGAUUUUCCCCCUGCCUUUCCUUCUCCGCCGUUUCCAGUACUGCAGGACAAAUGUCCUCUCCCACUCUUACUGCUUGCACCUGGAAAUCAUGAAACUGGCCUGCUCGGAUAUCAUCGUCAACCACAUUUAUGGACUCACGGUGGUUGCUUUCACAGUAGGAACAGACUCCCUCCUGAUCCUCGUCUCCUACAUCUUCAUCCUGAAAACAGUUCUGGGCAUCGCUUCCAAAGAGGGGCGCCUGAAGGCCUUCAACACUUGCGUCUCCCACAUCUGUGCCGUUCUCUUGUUCUAUGUACCCAUGAUUGGCCUGUCUUUGAUCCAUCGCUUUGGGGAACGGGCCCCGCACAUCGUCCACAUACUCAUGUCUUACGUCUACUUGCUGGCACCACCGCUGAUGAACCCGAUUGUGUACAGCAUCAAGACGAAGCAGAUUCGGCAGCGCAUAUUCAAGAAGCUGUGCCUCAGGAAGACCCUCCGGUUAUAG